AUGCCCGCCGGUUUGGAUUUGAUUACUCUCUCGGCCCUGCUGAUACAGGUGCUACCCCUUGCCGUGGCUCAUCCCGCCCCUGGCGCUCCUCCCAGCACCUUCACCUGGCCGAGCAACUGGCCCGGCAGCGGUGAAGGAGCUAUCAGCCAAGGCACCAAUGGCGGUGGCAAGGGCCAUGGUGGUGAUGGCCAUGGUGGUGAUGGCCAUGGUGGUGAUGGCCAUGGUGGUGAUGGUCAGUGGAAUGGUGGUGGUGGCCAGUGGAACGGUGGUGGUCCUCCCACAACAGUGACCGUGACUUCUGACUGCCCUCUGCGGCCCACCACAACGAUUACCAUUACUACUGAUCACAACGGUGGCGUGGCCACCAUCACGGAGACCAUUACCUCCACCGUGACGACCGAAACUGGUAAUGCAAUUAGGACACAAACGGUCACGGACACGGAUACUCUCAUCUCCACGAUUACCGACUGCAUAUACACAACCACGGACCUGAGCACGAUCACAGCCGACCCAUCGACAUAUACCAUCACCGAGCCAGGACUGACAGUAACCUCCACUGUGACCACGACGACUGGAGGCGAGACCGUAACCGAGCCUGGGCUCUUUGUAACUGACACCGUCACCUAUACGGUGACCGACACUUCUACUUGGGUCGAUUAUCAAACGAUCACGGACACCGUCACGAGCACCAAGACGAAGACACUGAUCGAAACCACCACAACGACAGCCACGGACCCAGCCUGCACAAGCAGCACCAUUGACUACGGCACCUGCUCCGAUCCGACCAUCCGGUGGGAGUAUGGGUUGAAUGGACGCACCGAGUACUCAUACACGACGAACAACCAAGCGGACUUCCCCUUCGGCAGCGACCCGUCCAUCCAGUCGCCCACGAGCCUGAUCUGCAAUCGUCUGCGCAGUCCAUGUAAUGCUCCCCAAUCGACUAUUGAUCUGUGCUACGAGGCCCAAAGUGCCUCGCAGGGUUAUCAAGGCGAGGAGGCUGCGCGUAUCUGGAAUGAUAUCAUGACUGGCAUUAAGAGCCCUUGA